AUGUCUGGACGUGGCAAAGGUGGCAAAGGACUCGGCAAGGGCGGUGCUAAACGUCAUCGCAAAGUCCUUCGUGACAACAUCCAAGGCAUCACCAAGCCUGCCAUCCGUCGUCUUGCACGUCGUGGUGGUGUAAAACGUAUCUCUGGUCUAAUCUACGAGGAGACCCGCGGCGUUCUAAAAGUGUUCCUCGAGAAUGUCAUCCGUGAUUCGGUAACCUACACAGAGCAUGCUCGACGCAAAACGGUGACAGCCAUGGAUGUGGUGUACGCUCUCAAGCGUCAGGGUCGCACCUUAUACGGCUUCGGUGGAUAA